AUGAUCGUAAAAAACUACCAGCACAUUCUUGCCAUGGAAUUUGCCACUCAUCAGAUCAACAAGGAUAUGAAGCUGUUAUCCAACAUCACACUAGGAAUGGAGGUUUAUGAAAACAAUUUCAAUGUAAGGCUUGCCAAUAAGAACAUCCUAGAUCACCUCUUUCUGAAAGAAGAGAAUCCCAUCAACUACAAGUGUGUCAGAAGGACCAAGAGGAAGCUCUUGGCUAUCCUUGGUGGCCUCACCUCCCCAAACUCCAUCCACAUGGCCCAUAUUUUGAAUGCCUACAGGAUUCCACAGCUUCACUACUUUCUGAGACAUCUCUGUUUUAAUAACAGUGCAGGAGAUGAAAUCUCUUUUGAUGAGAAGGGGGGCUUUGACCCAGGAUACGACAUCUUCAACAUGGUGACUUUCCACAAUCAAUCCUUCCAGAGGGUCCGGAUCGGAAGGAUGGACUCCAAAGCCCCCGAUGGGAAACAGUUCACCCUCACUGAAAGUGCCAUUGCAUGGAAUCACAAGUUUCAGCAGGUACCUCCUCAUGCCAGAUGUGUGGAAAGCUGCCACCAGGGGUACAGCAAGGUUGUUCAGGAGGGAAAACAAGCUUGUUGCUACCAUUGCACCAAAUGCCCCGAAGGAAGAAUUUCAGUCCAAACUGAUGCAGACCAAUGUGACAGAUGCCCACAAGAUCACUUUUCCAGUGCAGAAAGAGAUCAGUGUCUUCCCAAAUCUUUCAGCUAUUUAUCCUUCAGUGACCCCUUGGGAGUCGCUCUGACUUCCUUGAUUCUUUUCUUUUCGGCAACCCUCAUUUUAGUGGCAGUGACUUUCAUUCUGCACUGGGACACCCCCAUUGUCAAAGCUAACAACAGGAACAUCACAUGUGUCCUUCUUUCCUCUCUCCUUCUUUGUUUUCUGUGCUCCUUUCUGUUUAUUGGGAGCCCGGGGGAAGUGACCUGCUUUCUCAGGCAACCUCUGUUUAGCACCAUUUUCUCCAUCUCAGCUUCCUGUGUCUUGGCCAAAACCAUCACUGUUGUUCUAGCCUUUCUGGCCACUAAGCCAGGAAACCGGAUGAGGAAGUGGCUAGGGAGAAGACUGGCAGGAUCCAUCCUUGUCCUCUGCUCCUUUAUGCAAGCUGUUUUCUGUCUAGUGUGGUUGGUUACAUCUCCUCCUUUCCCAGAGUUAGACAUGCACUCCCAGACAGACACAAUCAUAGUACAAUGUAAUGAAGGCUCCGAUUCCAUGUUCUAUGUUGUCCUGGGCUACUUGUGGCUACUGGCCAUUAUCAGUUUCACUGUAGCUUUCUUUGCCCGAAAAUUGCCUGAUACUUUCAAUGAAGCCAAGCUGAUCACCUUCAGCAUGCUUGUGUUUUGCAGCAUUUGGGUGUCCUUCAUUCCUGCUUAUCUGAGCACCAAAGGAAAAUACAUGGUGGCUGUGGAGAUCUUCUCCAUCUUGGCUUCUACUGCUGGCCUGCUGGGCUGCAUCUUUUUCCCCAAGUGCUACAUUAUACUGUUAAACCCACAUCUAAACACAAAAGAACAUCUGACCAGGAGGAGAGGGUCAGUGAGAGUUUGGAAUCCAUUUGUAGGCAGCCCUCCAAUACACCAGGGAAAUAUCCUGCCUCCACAGAUGAAGUGA